AUGGCAUCUUCGGGAAAGAGACAUACAGUGGCUGUGAAGAAACGUUUGGAGAUUCUUCAAAAGUUAGAAGAAGGUUUAAGUGUCAAUGAUCUUGCUGUUGAGUAUGGUGUGAGUGAAAGAACUAUAAGAAGGUAUAGACUGGAAUCAAUAACUAUUCGACAAUUGUGUAAAAAUCCGAUGCGUGCACAGUCAAAGAGGCGACGGGCAUCUUCAUAUGAAAAUAUGGAAAGCCAGUUAUACGAAUGGGUCUUACAAAGGCAAGCAUUAGGAGAUGUCCUAACAAAUGCAUUAUUGCAGGAGAAGGCGAAGGAACUCCAACAACAGUUUGGUAGUUCGUCAAAUUUUACAGCUAGUCAAGGGUGGCUCUCACGUUUUAAAGCCAGAUACGGUAUGCGCUUAGUAAACAUGUAUGAAGAGAUGAUUGAUGCUAAUGAAUUAGCAGCAGAGAAAUUUUCUGAUGAAUUGGCAAAAAUAUUGCGUGAUGAAAAUUUUCAAGAAGAUGACAUCUAUAACAUGGACGAAUCCAGUUUAAUGUGGAAAGCUGUGCCCAAGAAAACGUUAGUUCAUCAAGGCGAGCGACUGGUAGAUGGUAGAAAAGUUAAGAAGGACCAUGUAACUGUGGCAUUUUGUGCUAACUCCACAGGUACACAUAAAUUACCCGUGCUUUUCAUCCACAAAUAUGCCAACCCGAGGGCAUUGAAUCAUUGUAAAGAAAAUUUACCAGUUGUGUAUAAACACCAACACAAUAGUUGGAUUAAUGAACAAAUAUUUACAGACUGGUACUUAAACCAUUUUAAAAAAAGUGUAAGGGAGUGUCAAUUGCGUGAGCAUCGUGUGAGAAAGGUACUUCUUCUAGUCGAUAAUUUUAGGGGGCAUAUGAUUCCCGAGGAGCUCCGAGAAGACAAUCAUUUUAAAUUAAUGUUUCUACCCCCUAACACCACUUCCAUUAUACAACCGAUGGACCAAGGUAUAAUCGCCAAAUGUAAAAAAUUAUUCCGAUAUCAAUUACUAAGAAGAAUACUCCAAUAUUCUAGCAGCAUUAAAGAAUUUUAUCCUAAUUAUGACAUUAAGGAUUGUAUCGACUUCAUAGCAAACUCAUGGAACAACAUAACACCUGACAAUGUUAGAUAUUCGUGGAGGAAACUUUUCAGACGUACAUAUUCAUUAGAAAAUCCCGAAGCGAAUCCAGAGAGUUUCAAAUCUACUGAAAAUCUAAAUCAAGAGGAAAUAACAGAGUGGAUUAUGGAAUGUUCUUACUCCUAA